AUGUCUUCCAAGAUCGCCGCCGUCUUCUCCAAGAAGAACUCCUCUUCUGCUGCUGUUGGCACAUUCUCGAACGACUCGAUGCUCACGCUCGUUAACGAGAAACGCGCCUCUCCAGCCACUCAGCCACGUACACAGCCUCUUGAGGCCUUCGGCGCGCUGGCUGGCACAUACGGCUACGGCGGUGUCCUCGCGGGUCCACCUCCUAUCAACCCCUCCGGCUCGAAGAAGGCCGACAAGGCGCGCAAGGCCGCGGAGAAGGCCGCCGCCUCUGCCUCGAACCCUUCUUCGAGCACCCCCGCUGCACUAGUUGCCACGUACGGAUACGCCGGUACACUCGCCGGUCCUCCGCCCGUUAACCCGUCCGGGUCGACCAGCAAGAAGGCCUUACGUGGCUGA